GCCUGUCUGAUUGUCACAUACAUGCAAGCACUAAUUACUCGACCGGGCCUCUAAAACUUACAUCACAGGCUUGCGCUCCAGUGUCUUGUAUCCGCAGCUACACCCCACACAUAUACAUGCGCAUCGCGCCAACCCCAGGUCGUACAAUCACAAUCCUUGUGAUCCCUAAUAAACGCACUGUCACUUUGACAAUUCAAACCCGAAAGCCUUCAUCAUGUCUUCAAUUGGUCCUCAACUGCCACCGCAUCUCGUAAAGAGAAAGCGCACCCCAGAUGACGAAGGCGAAGACUCACCACCGACAAAACAAUCGCGCAACACCGACGAGAUUGACCUAGAAAAUGACUCCGAUGACGACAGCUUUGGUCCGAGUGCCCAUGGAAGAGCAGCAGAAGCCACAGCAGCCUCGAAGCCCUCCCCGUCAUCAAAACCUUCCAUCGGCCCAACUCUCCCCCCCUCCAACCCAACAAAUAUCAACGAAAUUCCUCUCGACGACUCCGAUUCUGAAGGUGAUUAUAGCCCCUCUGCUCCCUGCGUUACAUCAACAGCAGAAGCUCCGAAACACAAGCCCUCAAUAGGACCAACUCCACCACCCAAACAAAUGAUAGGCCCAGCGAUGCCACCUCCAGACCACCACCGUGGCGCCGAUGAGAACGGCAACAGCUCCUCGGAUUCCGAUGACGACUACGGCCCUGCCCUCCCGUCUUCCACAACAUCCGUCCAACGAGCCCAGGCUGCAGCGGACGCAGUAGCGGCGGCCCAAGCCUCUGCAAGUUCCGUGGCGCCUCAACGCGACGAUUGGAUGCUCGCACCCCCCACGCAGUCAGGCUACCACGAACGCGAUCCGACAAAGCUCAAGAACCGUAAGUUCGCAAGCGGCAAGUCUUCCGCCGCCGCGGGCGGCGCGGGCGGCAUCAGCAGCAUAUGGACCGAGACGCCGGAGCAGAAACGCAAGCGUCUCGAGGACGCUGUGCUCGGCCGCGGAGAUGCGACCGCCGCGGCAGGCCCUCAGCAGCCGCGCCGUACAAAGGAAGAGGAGGAGCGUGAUAGGCGCAUCAGCGAAAACAUCGCAACAGCACGUGGUCGCAGCAUGUACGAAGAACAUCAGCAAAGCAAGAAAGGAGGUGUGAAGCAGGGUAAGGACGAAGAGGAGGAAGACGACCCAAGCAAGAGGGCCUUUGAUCGGGAGAAGGACAUGUCCCUGGGAGGCAAGAUCGGAACAGCACAGAGGAGGGAGCUGCUCAAUCGAGCCAAAGACUUUGGUGGUCGUUUUCAGAAGGGUUCGUACCUUUGAUACCCAUCUACAUGAUGACGAAAAAUUCAUGUCUGCGUUAGUAUCCACCGCAGGCGUGGCCAAUAUCCUAGUAUUUUCUCGUAAUAGGCCGGUGUUCGCCGUGGACGUCGUGGAAAGCACGUCAUAGCCCUGAGAUGC